UACAGUACACUUUUUUGGGAAUCAUUACACGCACCGGUCGUUUUUGUUCCGACCCGAUGGAAACGGUGGAUAAGAUUAUCCUGCAGCGAAGUGACCAAAGGACCACCAAAGGAACACCCGCACGGGUAGCCACCGUAACGAACCAUGACGAUGGGAUUCUUAAGGACUAUCUUCGCAAUAGCACGUUUCCCAUCGUGCGGUACAUGUUGGGAUCGGAUUUGCGUGUGACGCUGAAAGUGUUCUGGCUCGCAGUGGCGGUGUGUUUGGCAGGACUGUUCGGUUUUACCGUGGUGGUCAACUACGAACGUCUGCAGGAUCCAUCAAAUGUGUAUUUGGCGGAAGCGGAAAAAGCAUUACCCAUGUGGAGUGUCCCGUUCCCUGCAGUUAUGCUUUGUGCGCGGAAAGGAAGUUGCGUCAGUGAGCCGUUGCAGCUGGAUCAGUUUUGCGAGCAAAUCUGCUGGCAGGAUGUGUGCACGAGCGAGUGUGAAACGUUGCUGGAUGCGGUACGCACGGAACGGGGUAUCUGCUACACGUUCAACGCCGUUGCUGGGGAGCAAAUCUUCAAAUCCAAUAAUUUGGUCAACGUGAAGGACCUUUCGAACGUUUCACGACCCACCGAAAACUGGGACUUUCUUCGUGGACUUCAAGUGAUAACCACCGUACUGGUCAAACAGUAUCCCCGGGCUGCACAAGACAUGUCCGGACGGUAUCGGCUAAAGAUCACCAUUUCCAACGAACAAAAUGAAACACUUUCCGAUUGUGCCACUCCCGAACUGGAAGCGUUCGUUCACUCUCCAAUCGACUUUCCGUACAAACCGGUGCAGCCUACUGCGAUCCCACUCAGUUCCGUCGUACAGUUGCGUGUCUUUCCCCAGCUCGUUAGAUCGCAGCGUUACCUACGCUACUUCACAGCGCCUACUACGGGCUGCAUAUCGCAGGUACAGAACCCGCUGAAGCAUUUCGCCAUCUACAGCCAAAGCAACUGCGAGAUGGAGUGUCACACGGAAUACUUCCUGGAGAAGCGCGGAUGCGUGCUAGACCAUAUGCCCCGCAGCCACGCGAUGAAUCUGUGCAACGCUAGCACCAACUAUCGGCCGUACGAUGUGCUGGACAAGAUCGUUGCCGGUCAGCUGCGCGAGCAGAACAUUCCGCGGUCACAGUUCUUCCGGCGACUGUGCAACUGUUUGCCGGCCUGUGUUGAUUUUCGGUACCGGGCGGAGGCCAGCUCGUACAUGGUGGCGGUGGAACCGUGGUCGAUGGAGUCGAACCAGAGUGCGGAUGGGUUGAGUUCGCAGCUGACGGUGGAGUUUGCACAGGAUCAUUACUAUCCACUGGUGCGCAGUGUUCGCUAUACGGUGUUGGACUUUUUUGGGAAUUUCGGAGGGCUUUUAGCGCUGUUUUUGGGUGUCUCAAUCGUUACGUUGGUGGAAGUAUUUUUCUUUUGCUUUUUAAAACCAGCAGUCGUGAGGUAAAGGUAUGUGAGGUGAGGAUUUUUUCAAGUUUUUUUUUUCUGGAGUUUAUCGAUCCUUAUGGAGAACUUUUAACAAUUAACACCAAGUACAGAAAUAUCGAGAAGUACCUUUUUAAAAUUUUCGUUUCCGAAA